CCUCCUCAACCCAGUGAGGCUGGGGAACCCCCAGGGAGACUCUCAGGCCGAGCAGCUGUUGGCAGCUAUUACUUCAGUGGUCAAGCCUUCUGGGGUUAGGGACACUUGGCUUCAUCCACCUUCAAGCAAAGACUCUUUGGUCUCUGAACCCGAGAUUCCUUAUCUGUGAAAUACAGGCAUUGGAGAAGCAUCGUGGGCUAGGGAUGUAGUUCAGCUGGUAGAGUGCUUACCCAGCAUGCAUGGGGACCUGGGUUAGAUCCUGAGCAUGGCUGGGUGUUGGGAUGAAUUGUUGCAAUCUCAGCACUUUGCUGGAGGAAGCAGGGAGAUCAGAAGUUCAAGGGCUCCCUCAGUUACAUAGCAAGUUUGAGGCCAGCCUAGGCUAUAAAAGACCCUAUCUCAACAACAAAAACAACAAACAGAGAAAACAAAAAAGAAGACAAAAACACUGGGGAAAUGCAGACAUGUCUAGAAGGCAGAGGUAGUAUCCUUGCUCUGGUGACUGUGGUUAUCCCCUCUCCAAGGCCAGGAGAAUACCAGCUGAAGACAUGGAUCCACACAGGGCCCUUUUCUUCUGCCUGUGCCUUCUGGCUGCUCAAGUUGUCCUAGUAGAAACUCAAUCAGAGCUACUGAACUUCAUGAAGCGACUUGAGCAGCCUGUAGGCCGGAGCUUGUUUACCAAAGUGAGGUAUAUCCACUACCUGGAGCAGAUGCUGCUCAAUGCCAGCUUCUGUGGGCACAACUUGACCUUGCAGACAAACUCCAUCCAGUCUCUGGUCUUCAAGCUGAGCUGCGACUUUCCUGGUCUCUCCUUGUCCAGCGCCACCCUGACAAAUGUCUCCCAGGCAUGGGCCCCGCAUGCCAUGCAGUUCCCUGCUGAGCUGACCAAGGGUGCCUGUGUGACCUCCCGGCCUGCUGAGCUACGACUCAUCUGCAUCUAUUUCUUCACCGCACACCUCUUUCAGGAUGACCGGAACUCAUCACUGCUCAAUAACUAUGUCCUGGGGGCCCAGCUGGAUCACAGGCCUGUGAACAACCUUCAGAAGCCAGUCAACAUCAGCUUCUGGCACAAUCGGAGUCUGGAAGGGUAUUCGGUAACCUGCGUCUUCUGGAAGGAGGGAGCCGGCAACCGCAGCUGGGGGGCCUGGAGCCCCGAGGGUUGUUAUACAGAGCAGCCGUCACCCACUCAGGUUCUCUGCCAUUGCAAUCACCUCACCUACUUUGCUGUGCUCAUGCAGCUCUCUGGAGACCCGGUGCCCACUGAGCUGCAGGUGCCUCUUGAGUACAUCUCCCUUGUGGGUUGCAGCAUCUCCACUGUGGCCUCGCUGCUCGCCAUACUGCUGUAUGCUCACUCCAGGAAGCAAAGUGACUCCACCACAGGCAUCCACGUAAACCUGCAUGGCUCUGUUCUCCUCUUGAAUGUCACCUUCAUUCUGAGCUCCCAGAUGGCCCUGCCCACGGUGCCCAGGCCAGUCUGCAUGGUGCUGGCUGCCACCCUACACUACGCACUGCUCAGCAGCCUUACCUGGAUGGCCAUCGAAGGCUUCAACCUCUACCUUCUCCUGGGGCGUGUCUACAAUGUCUACAUCCACCGAUACUUGCUCAAGCUCUGCCUGCUGGGCUGGGGGUUUCCAGCCUUCUUGGUGCUGCUUCUUCUGGUGGUCAGGAGUUCCGUGUACGGACCCUGUGUGAUCUCCUUCUCCAAAAGCCAGGAAAAUGGUACAGGCUUCCAGAAUGUGUCCAUGUGCUGGGUAUGCAGUCCCAUGGUACGCAGCAUCCUGGUCAUGGGCUAUGGUGGCCUCACAUCUCUGUUCAACCUGGUGGUGCUGGCCAGGGCUCUGUGGAUCUUGUGCAGGCUACAGGCACGGGAGAAGGCGCUGAGUCCCUGGGCCUACCGGGAUACUGUCAUGGUGUUGGGCCUCACUGUGCUACUGGGUACCACCUGGACCCUGGCCUUCUUCUCCUUCGGUGUGUUCCUGCUGCCUCAGCUUUUCCUCUUCACCAUCUUCAACUCGCUCUAUGGUUUCUUCCUCUUCCUGUGGUUCUGCUCACAGAAGCGUCACUCAGAUGCCGAAGCCAAGGCAGGGAUGGAAGCAAUCAGUUCCUCCCAGAUGAUGCACUAACCCAGCUCCAGCCCUGCAGUCUCAGCCCUCACUACUUCCAGCAGCCCACAGCCUUGGCUCAUCCAGGGAAGGCUAUCGGUGGGACAACAGUCUACUGUACCCUUCAGGGAGCCUUUCCAUCUCUCAGAAUUACCUGGGGCAGAAGGCAGGGCAUGACUCUUCAUCCUGGUCCUUUAUGUCUGGAUGCAGCUCCAUUGGCCAGGCUAUGGACAGAACACUGACUUGGAAGUCAGGAAGUUACACUAGACUGGAUUGUGGCCUAUGCUUGUGACACUCUUUCUUUUACCAGUACCAAGUGUGGAUGACUUGACCUUCUAUCUUUCCAGCCCUUCCUCCUUUUAACCCCCACAGACGGUAUAGACCAGCAGCCUAGGCCAGGCCUCUGUCUCUUUCUGUGAAGCUGAGCCAGCUGGGCUUGAGGGAUCUCGAUGCUAGACUACUGCAUAGACAUGGGGGUGUGUUCAACGUUUACAAACUCUCUGCCCACACUGGGAGAACAUCUGGCUGCCUGUCAGGCCAGGUGGAAAACAAUGCUUAAGUCAGCGCUAUCCCCAAGAUGUACAGCAGGGGGCGCCGUUGGCCUGUACGACAAGGCAUUGGUACCGAAACUGCCCCUGGAAAUGCAGAUGUUACCGACCCUUCGACCAGUAGAGUUAGGACAUUCACACAUCCAUUGUCUCUUUCCCUAUGCAGCUGACCAAGGUCGCUUUUGGGGCUUUGUACCCAGGCAUUCCUGGCACCAGGCAGCUGGUUGGGUAGACUCUCAGGUCCCACGCCAGCUGUGUACUUGAACAGUGAGGGGAUCAGAGCUGGACGCCAUCCUCCACAGACAGUCCUCUUCGUUUCUAGGUGUUUCUGGGUAAUUAUAUUCUUAGCUCUUCACUGGCUGGAGAGUGGUACAGGCUCUGGGCCAGGUUGCCUGGGCUCAGAUUCCAGCUGUGUGGCUGUGGACAAGUCGUUCAGUUUCUCUGUGCCUUAGUGUCCCCAGUCUACAGCAGGGGAAACAAAAGUAACUCUUUGGAAGUUUCAGUAAAAGAAAGAAUCCACUCAAGUCUUAACACAGUGAGGUCUCAAUAGAUGGUUACUGCUGUCAGUA